UCAUUCUGGAUCUAUUUGAGUGCUCAUUCUUAAUUACUAAUUAAAAAUCAAGAGAGAUCGACGAGUAGCUGAGCUUGUCUUCUUAAUCUUCCACUUUUUACUGCCCUAUUGAUUUCAGACUUUAGAAACUUUACUUUACUUGGGCGAAACUUAGUACGUAGGAGCUUGCAUUCGAGUCUCGCACUCUUCUACUCUCGGUCUCUCACUCUCUAGCACUCUUCCAGACUUUCAGUAAAAAAGUAUACCACUGCAGGCAUUAUAGAGAAGAUUUUUUGUCUGCAUUUAAAUCCGCCACAAUGGUUGCAAGCGCUAUUGGAAAUAUCAUCACUGAAAUCACGAGGUUGAGCACGCUACGUGUUUUUGGCAAGAAGACGACAAUCAUCAUUGACAAUAUCAAACGUCAUUUGUUAUCCAUCAAAGAAAUGGUAGAGCUGGAGCAUGCUGAUGCUGGUGCACCUACACCUGCUUGGCUAAUGGACAUCCCACUCGCAGAUGUGGCCACCGAUUUGUGGGAUUUGUUGGAGAAUCAAAAACAAUGUAACAAGUCUUCAUCAUUUCUCUCUAUCGAAAAGCGAUUACAACGUAUUGUUGAUGAUUUAACAAAGCAGCCGCUGUUGAAGAUUGACCGAAACAUGAAGGACUGGGAGAUGGAGAUUCCUAUUGGUUUCAAAGAUGAUAAGGAAACUAUCAUAGAGAGGAUGUUGGCUCUAACAAAAGCAAAAGGUGCUGUUGCAGUGGUUGUAAUUUCAGGGAUACGAGGGACAGGGAAGACAACUCUGGCUAAAUUUGUCUGUGAUGAUGAUGAGAAAGUGAAAAACCAUUUUGAUAUGGUUUUUUGGAUCGACAAUAUCCACGGCGAGUCUUACGCAGAUUACGUUGUACAACAAAUGGUUCAUCAGUUGGCAACAAAGAAGAAGAAAGUUGAAAACAAUGGGUCAAUUGAAAAUGUUAAUCUUCAAGAAUCCAUAGGUGGAAACAAGUUUCUUCUUGUGCUAGAUGGUCUGCACAGCGAGAACCGUGAUGAAUGGUUCAAGUUGAAGGAGAAACUGAAAGAGGCAGCUAGUUCAUCAAGUGCUGCGGUUCUUGUAACAGCGCAAAAUUAUCUUUUAAGAAAUGCGGAGAUUAUUAUACAACACCAAAGCUGAGUGAAGAAGAUUCGUGGACUCUAUUUAAGCAAGUUGUAAGAGAACAUCCAAGUGAAUUAAACAUUAAAAAUGCCCAGAAAAAGAUGUUAAGCAAGUGCGGAGGAGUCCCUCUAGCGAUACUAACAAUGGCAAGACUGUGGAAGUCUCGCGGAGACAUUACCGAGGAUUCAGAAAUAGGGGAUUUGGAAGAGCUAUUUAUGCAGGAGAUGCAGUUGAUAUAUUACAACGAGCUCCCCUCUUGGCAUCUAAAGCAAUGUUUUGCUUAUCUAUCAUUCAUAUUCCCCUGGGGAUACUCGAGUGUUGAGGAAAAUGAACUAGCUAGGCUUUGGAUGGCUGAAGGGUUUCUAGGGGCUGUUCAUGUGGAUUCAAAUUCGUCUUCAUCUUCUUGCUCUCCUCAACCACAACCGGAAGAUCUGGCGCAUAACUGCAUACAAGAACUCCGCCGUAGGUCAAUCCUCAGGGUCUACACAAACAAAAGAUACAACAUGACAGAGUGCUAUUUGGAUGACGAGCUAAUGUCGGGAUUGUCAAGAUUUGUGGCUGGUAAAGACCGCUUUUGCAUGGACGAUGGAAACGCGGAUGUCAAAGAAACAAUCCCAAGAGUGGCAUUAACCAGUAAAAACUUUUAUGUUUCAAAUGGGACUCUUUCAUCCCUCAUUGAAAAUAACAAAAGUUUGCGUACCCUUCAAUGGGAUGGGCAGCUUUCGAAAUUUCCAAACGGGGUAAACUUAAGAUUUUCUGCAUGUGAUGCAAUAUUUUAUGCAUUUAAGAGCCUGCGUGUGUUGAAACUAAGAGAUUUGGGCAUUAAGAUCUUACCCGUUUCAAUCGGGGAGCUGAAGAGUAUAAGAUACCUCGAUCUUUCUCGCAAUAACAUGAAGAGACUUCCCAGUUCCAUUGGUAAGUUGAAGCUUUUGCAAACCUUAAUAUUGUCCCAUUGUCUGCAGCUGAGAGAGUUGCCAAAUGAGGUGAAGUACUUGGUGAGUCUUAGGCAUCUUGAAAUAGAUGAAUGCCUGCACCUUACAUAUCUGCCAGCAACUUUGAAGAAGCUCACAAAGCUUGAGACUUUAUCGAAUUUUGUGGUUAGCACUCUCAACAACCACAAGCACAUUCUAGGCUUCAAGGAACUUGUUAAUCUGAAUAACUUGAGUGGACAGUUGGAGAUUUCACAUUUGGAGCGAUUGAAGUUUGUGGAUGGACAUCAUGAUGCUGCUGCAUAUUUGAAAGAGAAACAACAUCUCAAGCGUCUCAUUCUGAAUUGGAAUCAUGACAACGACCAUGAGGACAACAAAAGGCACGAUGAAAGAUCAUUGGAACAACUGGAGCCACAUCCAAACCUACAGCAGCUACACAUAGUAGGAUACAGCGGUGUCAAGUAUUCAUCUUGGCUCUCGUCUCUGAACAAUCUCGUUGGCUUAAGUUUGAACAACUGCUCCAAGUGUGAAUCUCUUCCGUUGGAGCAAUUCCCGAAACUGAAAUAUCUCCAUCUUCGAAGACUGGACUCUUUGAAAUAUGUAAUAGAUCAAGAUGACCGUUGCAGUUGGCUGGAACCGGAACAUCUGCAAUCCCUGUCAAUAACUGAUUGCCCAAAUCUGAUGAGUUGGUGGAAAGGGAAUACUCACAACAAAGCAUUAUUGUUUGGCACUAUAAAAGAAAUGGAAAUUAAGUACUGUCCCAAACUGAAUUCAUUGCCCCUGUUUCCUAAUCUUGAAGAUAGUCUGGAGUUAGAGGGCUCCAGUGUGAAACCAUUAUUAGACACCAUAAACUAUAGUGGGAUGGCAUCAAAUUCAAGUUCUGAUUGGCCCCUAUCCAGAGUGAAAUAUUUGAGAAUUAAAAAUGUGGAGCAACAUUCUCUUCUACCGGAAGAUUGGCUUAGAAACUUCGUGUCUCUCAAAUACAUUCGCAUUAGUGAAAGAAUGUCACUAAUAAAAGGCUUCAAACAUCUACAUUCACUUUCAACCAUGAUUAUUGAAAAUUGUACACUAGUUGAUUUAUCAAGGGACGAAUGGGAGGGUCUGCAGAGCCUUGACGAUCUAAUACUAUACCAAUUGGCUAAGCUUGAGUCUCUUCCAAAAGGAAUCAAACAUUUUACAUCUUUGACUUAUCUUCAUAUUGAGAGUUGUCCUGAGUUAAAAACCCUGACAGAGGAAAUAGGACAUCUCAAAUCCCUUAAAACGCUUUGCAUUAUAGACUGUCACAAGUUAGCUUCGCUUCCCAAGGGAAUGAUCAACCUCAAAUCACUAAAUUGGUUAUUGAUUAGUAGCUGCCCAUUGUUGUUGCCAAGGUGUCAACGGGGAACCGGUGAUGAUUGGCCAAAGAUUAAGCACAUCAAAGAUAUCCAGUUGGUCGGUGCCUCUGAAGCCUACGACCAAUGACAUCAACCAAGCCCAAAUUGGUUUGGCUCAAUCCCUUUAGCCUUGGGAAUCCAGCUAUUGAUAGGAAUCAGAUAGAUGUCAUCUCUGAUUUUGGCGUAACAAAGUGUUUUGGUGUCCAAGUGUGGUUUUCAUGUACUUGUAUUACAGGUAAAAUAUAAGAGGGAGAAGAACCGCCUGUUUAUCAUCCACAUUAAUUAGAGAUACAUUUUUUGGGUUUUAAUUAGAUAAGUAGAAAACAUUAUCAUGUUGGUUCUAUUUCAUUUUAAAUUACUCAGUUGAAUUGAAUGUUUAAAUUUGCAUAAAU